AUCUAUUUGGAUUACAAUGGGACAACUCCUGUUUACCCGCAAAUUCUACAAGCAAUGCUACCUUACCUCACGACACAAUUCGGCAACCCGAGUAGCGGGCAUUUAUUUCACAGGCAACCUCGCCAAGCUGUUGAUCGAGCAAGAAAGCAACUGCUUACUCUGUUAGGGCAACCAGAGGCAGAUUUGUCUUCCAUUUGGUUUACAUCGUGUGGAACCGAAUCGGACAAUCUCGCCAUCCAGUUGGCCUUGCAGUCUUCGAGUAAGCUUAUUUCCACAAGAUUCGGUGCUCAUACGCUACCACACAUUGUUUCUUGCAAUGUUGAGCACCCGGCAAUUUCGGGAUAUUUGGAUGCAUUGGUGGAGGAGAAGGUGUGUGAGGUGACGUACGUCCCAGUCCAGUCCGACGGUAUGGUCUCGGCCGACGCCAUGAUUGCCGCGAUUCAACCCCAAACAAUUCUCAUGACCCUUAUGCUGGCCAACAACGAGUCUGGAGCCUUGCAGCCUGUUCAGAAAGUGGCACAGCACUGCUCUAAGGCAAAUAUACUUUUUCAUACCGAUGCAGCUCAGGCUGUGGGCAAAGUAAGUGUCGAUUUGGAUGAUUUGGGGCAUCCCGAUAUGAUCUCGAUUGUAGGGCACAAAAUGGGUGCCCCCAAGGGCAUCGCCUGCUUAUACGUUCGGCCGGGUUGUUGCGAACAGCACGGGCGUGCCUUACACAAUCGUGGUAUCCUGCUGAUUGGUGGUGGGCAAGAACACGGUCGUCGCGGGGGUACGGAAAAUGUUCCUUAUAUUGUUGGGUUUGGUGAGGCAGCCUCCCUCGCAACGAAAGACUGGAAAAGCAACAGCAUCAAAAUGGAAGGGCUCCGUACACGACUGUUGUUUAACCUAGAGAACUGGUUGGGCAAAGACAUGGUCCGCACUAACGGUCCGAGUAAUCCAGCGCAUAGACUUCCGAACACAUUGUCUGUUGGCUUAAAAGGCAUCCACAGUGGUGCUCUUCUCGCUGCGAUUGGGGACCAAGUAGCGGCGAGUGCCGGAGCAACGUGUCAUUCCGCUUCUGGUGUGUCAAGCGUGUUGAAAGCCAUGGGCGUUCCGGAAACGUUCGCCAGGGGAACGCUACGACUAAGUUUGGGGACACAUACAACUGAACAAGAAGUGGAU